CAGCUGACCUUUGAGGAGGAAAUCGCUGCUCUCUGCUCCUUCCUGUAGUAGCAGCUCCAGCCGCAGCUGUUGCCGCCGGCCGAGGAGAGGAGAGCCCGAGCGCGGAAAGCCGCGAUCCGCUGCUGGGGGCCAGGAGGUGCAAAGUCAUGGCAGGCUGGAUCCAGGCACAGCAACUUCAAGGGGAUGCUCUCCGUCAGAUGCAGGUCCUCUAUGGUCAGCACUUCCCCAUUGAAGUCCGUCACUAUUUGGCUCAAUGGAUUGAGAGUCAGGCCUGGAAUACCAUUGACCUGGACAAUCCCCAGGACAGUGUCCAAGCUGCCCAGCUCCUAGAGGGCUUAAUCCAAGAGCUGCAGAAAAAGGCUGAACACCAAGUGGGGGAAGAUGGGUUUUUACUGAAGAUCAAACUAGGCCAUUAUGCAACUCAACUGCAGAGUACAUAUGACCGCUGCCCCAUGGAGUUGGUCCGAUGCAUCCGCCACAUAUUAUACAAUGAACAGAGGCUGGUCCGAGAAGCUACCAAUUGUAGUUCUCCAGCUGGGAACCUGGCCGAUGCUCUGUCCCAGAAACACCUGCAGAUCAACCAGACAUUUGAGGAGCUGCGACUGGUCACUCAGGACACAGAGAAUGAGCUGAAGAAGCUACAGCAGACUCAGGAGUAUUUCAUCAUCCAGUACCAGGAGAGUCUCAGAAACCAGGCUCAGUUUUCCCAGCUGUCACAGCUGAGUCCCCAGGAACGCUUGACGAGGGAAACAGCACUUCAACAGAAGCAGGUGUCCCUGGAGGCCUGGCUGCAGCGUGAGGCCCAGACUCUCCAGCAGUACCGUGUGGAGCUGGCAGAGAAACACCAGAAGACCCUCCAGCUGCUCAGGAAGCAGCAAACCAUCAUUCUGGACGAUGAGCUGAUCCAAUGGAAGCGGCGGCAGCAGCUGGCAGGGAACGGAGGGCCCCCAGAGGGCAGCCUGGAUGUCCUGCAGUCUUGGUGUGAGAAGUUGGCAGAGAUCAUCUGGCAGAAUCGGCAGCAGAUCAGGCGGGCAGAGCAUCUCUGCCAGCAGCUGCCCAUUCCUGGGCCUGUAGAGGAGAUACUGACCGAGCUCAAUGCCACCAUCACAGAUAUCAUCUCUGCACUGGUGACCAGCACCUUCAUCAUUGAGAAGCAGCCCCCUCAGGUCCUGAAGACGCAGACCAAGUUUGCAGCUACUGUACGUCUCCUGGUGGGUGGGAAGUUGAAUGUGCAUAUGAACCCCCCUCAAGUGAAGGCCACCAUCAUCAGUGAGCAGCAGGCCAAGUCUUUGCUGAAGAAUGAGAACACUCGAAAUGAGUGCAGUGGAGAGAUCUUGAACAAUUGCUGCGUGAUGGAGUAUCACCAGGCAACUGGCACCCUCAGCGCACACUUCAGAAAUAUGUCCCUGAAGAGGAUCAAACGGGCAGACAGACGGGGUGCUGAGUCAGUGACGGAGGAGAAAUUCACAGUCCUAUUUGAGUCUCAGUUCAGCAUUGGGGGAAAUGAGCUUGUAUUUCAAGUUAAGACUCUAUCCCUUCCAGUGGUGGUCAUUGUUCAUGGGAGCCAGGACCACAAUGCCACAGCCACGGUGUUAUGGGACAAUGCAUUUGCUGAACCCGGCCGGGUGCCAUUUGCUGUGCCUGACAAAGUGUUGUGGCCCCAGCUGUGUGAGGCUCUCAACAUGAAGUUCAAGGCAGAAGUCCAGAGCAACCGAGGCCUGACAAAGGAGAACUUGGUGUUCCUGGCUCAAAAACUGUUCAACAGCAGCAGCAACAACAUGGAAGACUACAACAACAUGGCCAUCUCUUGGUCCCAGUUCAACAGGGAGAACUUACCAGGCUGGAAUUACACAUUCUGGCAGUGGUUUGAUGGGGUGAUGGACGUGCUGAGGAAACAUCACAAGCCCCAUUGGAAUGAUGGGGCCAUCUUGGGUUUUGUGAACAAGCAGCAGGCUCAUGACCUGCUCAUCAACAAACCUGAUGGGACCUUUCUGCUUCGAUUCAGUGACUCUGAAAUUGGAGGUAUCACCAUUGCCUGGAAGUUUGACUCCCCGGACCGGAACCUAUGGAACCUGAAGCCAUUCACAACAAAGGAUUUCUCCAUCCGAUCCCUGGCUGAUCGAUUGGGAGACCUAAAUUAUCUCAUCUAUGUGUUCCCUGACCGACCCAAGGAUGAAGUUUUCUCCAAGUAUUACACUCCUGUGCUUGGUAAAGCUGUGGAUGGAUAUGUGAAACCACAGAUCAAGCAGGUGGUCCCAGAGUUCAUCAGUGCAUCUGCAGAUUCUUCGGGGGGCACUGCCACAUUCAUGGAUCAGGCCCCAUCCCCAGCCGUGUGCUCCCAGUCUCAUUAUAACAUGUAUCCCCAGAACCCCGACUCUGUCCUUGACCCUGAUGAGGAUUUUGACCUGGACGAAACCAUGGACGUAGCGAGACACGUGGAAGAACUCUUAAGCCGACCAAUGGACAGUCAGUGGAUCCCCCACACCCAGUCAUGACUCGGACCCCUCCAGCCCAUGUCUCAUCGCCCUGCCCCCUCUCCUCACUGGCAGAUGGGUGUCCUCUCUGUCUGGAGGCAAAUACUCCUCACUCCAAGUGUUGAUGGUUGCUGGGACUUCAGCACUUCUGUGUAUGUGAUGCCAGUGGGGUGGGUGGCUUCUUCCCCUACUGUCUAGUGUUUGCGGCAUCUUCAGGGCCUUGAGGACUGACUCUUUCCUCUUGUCUAAAAGCCAGUCCAUAAGCUCCGAUGGUGGAGAGGGAGAUAAGGGGGUGGGUGGGGAAUGUCCUUUCUCUCCUUUGCCUAAAGAGCAGCCGUGGCCUGAGAGAAGGGGGAGAGGCAGGACAUAAUUGGCCCAUGUAUACCAGUUGGGUAGUCUGAGUGGCUCCCCAAAAGCACAUGUAUGUCUAUGUGUCCACUUGUCCUGGCUCUCUCACACACGCACAGAUGUCUAGAUGCAUGCAGACAUGGAUUAGUCUGUCUGUGUCAUACAGUAGAAAGCCCUGGGGUUUGGAACUAGAGGGCCUGGAUUUUAAUUAUGACUCUUCUUCCGUGUACUAUUGUGCAACUCACUUCAUCUUUCCACAUCUGUAAAAUGAAGAAGUUGGACUAGAGGACCUCCAUGAACCCAACUAGCUCAAAAUCUAUGAUCCUAUAAUCCCUUGCACAAAAGGGUUUGGGCUAGAACUCCUGGGAAAUGUUUUGUCUUGACUCCUAACUAUUCUUAGAUUUCUCCGAGGGGUUAUCUCUGCAGCAGCCAUGCCUCCAUCCUGGUCCAGAAAAGGACCAUGGCGGAAGAGUUGCCUUGUUCCUGUAAGUGGUUGCCAGAUCGCUUCCUCUCUUUUGGGUCUGAGGUCCGGAUUGUUGUUUCGGCUUGACCGUCCUUUCUCAGAGAUUCUGCCUUCUUUUCCUGACUCACAUCCCCUCCCACCCCAAGACCGGCUCACGUACACCCCUGACCUCGGCAAUGACAGAUGACCUGAAAGCAGGAUGGCUUUGGCAGCCGGAGAGGGGAGAUGUCUGGGACCCAGUAAGCGGGACUGUCUUUAAAAAAAACCAACAAAACAGUAUCAGAGAAAGGAGAAACUUUCUCUGAUUUCUCUGAAGCGCAUGACUGAUUCGAGAAGAUGUUUUCACUCGUCAAGUCCUUUUCCAUGGUGGUCUUGGAAAUCUCAUUGCAAAUGAGUAACUGGUUUUGGUACCCAAAGGAGUCUUUUCCCCCUAUCCUCACAUCUCUGAAGUCAAGUUCCCAGCAUUCCUUUCAGCUCACCUAGGCUGGGGAUUAAAGAGUCAGGUUUACAAAGUGGGAGAACAUCCAUCUGGGCUGUAGUGGGAUGUAAGGGUUAAGAUGAGGUUGGGUCAGAUGAGGGCCAAAGGAUGACGCCACACACUUUUUGUACUUUGUACAAAACAUUUCAAUGAAGUGAAGAAAUGCUAUUUUUGAAUAAAAUGCUUAAAAAAACAA